AGUCGUACGAAACUGUAAAGGAAAAAUACAUCGUUAGCCGACAUAAGCUUUUGCAACUCUUUGCUAGUUGUGAAAAGUGCUCAGGAAUUUGUGCCGUCGAUGUAGAAAGGGUGGUUGGAACCAUGGUGGUAAUCCAAGCCAUUUGUUGCCAGUGUGGGUAUAAUCGGCAUUGGGAAAGCCAGGAUUCCAUUGGUGGUAUAUCAGAGGGAAAUAUCCUCUUGUCUGCUUCCAUUUUGUUUGGAGGAGUUUGUCCCAAAAAAGUAUUACGAUCGCUUUGUAACUCAGGCAUAAGAACCAUCGCAUACAGUACAUAUCAACGACACCAGGAUAAAAACUUGCAGCCGGUGAUUGUUGCAUCCUGGGUUGAACAAAGAGCGGCAUUGCUGGCGGGGAGGAGGGGCAUGCCAUUGACUAUAGGUGGUGAUGACAGGGCUGAUAGCCGAGGUCAUUCUGCCAAAUUUGGAUGCUACACUAUCAUGGACCUAAAAACAAAUGAAAUAAUUGAUAUGAAACUCAUUCAGAAAAAUGAAGUUACGAGCAGUAACCAUAUGGAGUUGGAGGGUUUAAAGAGAGGUAUAGAUGCACUUUUAGAAGAGGGAAUAAGAAUUGGCGAACUGAUAACAGAUAGACACCCAUCUGUGACGAAAUGGGUUUGUGAGAAUCUGGGACGAAGCAUUUUUUUGACAUUUGGCACAUUGCCAAAGGUCUUGGUAAAAAGAUUGACUCAAAGGCUAAACUUACUGAUUGUGGCAUACUGCAAGAGUGGAGGCGGAGUAUUAUUAACCAUUUGUACUGGUCGGCGGGUAGCUCGGGGGGCGAUGGUGACAGGCGAUGGUGACAUGGUUGAGCAGAAAGUCAUGAGCCUACUUCGUCACAUCCGAAAUGUUCACACAGGACAUGGGAACCUAUACAUGGAAUGUCAACAUGCACCUUUAGGUGAUGAGGAGGAAAAAAGGAAGAAAUGGAUUUUUCCAGGACAGAGAGCGUAUGAUGAAUUGGAGAGUCUUUUCGAUAACUUUAGGUUCAAAAAAGACAUCCGAAAGCUCUCACCAUUAGAUCAGACAUCUGGAUUGGAAGGGUUCCACUCCCUAUUGAACCAUUUUGCUCCCAAGAUGCUGUCGUAUGGUUACAAAGGAAUUUUCUGCAGAAUGUUAUUAGCGGUUCUACACCACAAUGCUAAUAGUGGAAGACCUCAGGCAAAAACAAAGGAUGGGUGCCUGCAAUACGAGGUCCUGUAUCCUAGGGGGAAAAUGGGACAGCACACUGUUCGAAGAGUACGCUCUGAGCCGUGUUAUGCAUAUGUGAAAGUCUUGCUUCAGAAAGUUAUUUCAGAGGUUGAUGGCAGUUCAACCACAAGCCAGGGUGAUCUGUCACUGAUAUCAUCACCACCACCAACCUUGUCUUCCAGGUGUGAGAGGCCAGAUAAGGAGCUCGCAAAUCAGGAGCUUCAAAGCCGUUUUAAUAGUUAAGUAUUGACAACUAGGGCUGUGGAGCCGAAAAAAAUUCACGCAAGCAAUUUCGGCUCUAACUUUUCAGGAAAUCAAAUUUGGCUUAUGCAAGCUUUUGUAGUUUUAGAAAAUUCAAAUGUAAAUUGUUAUCACUAUUAAGAAGUUAAAAUGAAAAGAGAGACUAAUCUCUGCAAAUUAGGCCAUUUAAGUUUAAAAUUCGUA